UAAUAAUAAUAAUAAGCACCUCCUUUGUCUUUCUCUCUCAGUACAACUAUUAUUAACAUGUCAGCCCCGAACAAUCCAAGGACGGCGAAUGUUGGGAAAAUGUGGCCGAGCCAGGCCCGACACAUUGGUGGCCAACCUCUCUGUUGGGCUUCAAAAGGCACCGAGAUGAGAUUCAUGUCUUGCAUGGAUUAACCUUGGCAAAGAUGACACCUGCGUCAACAUCCACUCGAUCCCUGGAGUCUAUGUGGAUCUCAUUUUGGGGUUAUCACUCUCUCUACAUAUACUCCUCCAUAGUGUCUGUUCCAUACCUUGCACCCGUAACGACAACAAAGCCAUGAAAUUCCUCUGCCUCCAUGGAAUGGGAACCAACUCCCAAAUCCUGCAAAUCCAACUCGCUGGAAUUAUCAAUCAACUGCCACAGCACGAGUUCAUUUUUGUCGAUGGCCUGGAACCCUGUCCACCCGACCCAGAAGUCAAGUCUCUAUGGCCCGGGGGUCCGUAUCUUUCCUAUUACACUGCCCCAACCCCCGAACAGUUGGACGAAGCCUACUCCCUGGUCUUGGAAGUCAUGGCCGAGGACGGCCCGUUUGAUGGGGUGAUUGGCUUCUCGCAGGGUGCCGCACUUGCCGCAUCGAUGAUUCUCCAGCACCAGAAGGAUCAGCCAACCGCCGUGCCAUUGUUUAGUCUGGGCGUCUUCCUUGGCGCCAGCCUUCCCUUCGAUCGACACUCGACGCUUGCGCGGCAGAGUGUAGUGGCUAGCAAACAUCAGCCGAGUGGAUACGUUGGCGGCAAGGAGGAGCAUGAUCUCCUCAUACUCCAGCGGUAUGAUCCUCGCACGAUAUCGCUGCGGAUUAACAUCCCCAUACUGCACGUCGCUGGAAAGAGAGAUCCUUUCUACCAGCAGAGCGAGUUGUUGGUUGGCCUCUGCUCGGCAGAUGCUUCCUCUGUCAUACAUGAUGGCGGUCAUUUUGUACCAAAAGAUACGCACACCACGGCCAAGAUUGUCAGAUUGAUCGAUGCCUUGGUAGGCAGAGUACAGCACCGGUGCUGAGAGAUUUGUUUCUUGCUAUAAGAUUUGUCUGCCGGUUCGCGCCUAG